AUGGAGAGAGUUAGUUGCCCCGAUUUUGAUGAACUACCACUUGAUCAAGAACCCUCAAGGGGUUCUUGGCUAUCAGCUUAUAACCAAGUGAUUAAGGACAAACAAGCUGGAAGUAAAACCUUUUCUUUAGCCGAUGUGAGCCAAAAACCAAGUGUUGAUAGCAUAUUUGUUAAGCCAUCUGUGGCUAGCGAGGAUAUUGUCUAUAGUCCGGUUAGUCAGUCUCGCUCAAUCAUUUGUAACGGCCAUGACAUUUUGUCUCUAUCCCGCGAAGAUGUAAUGAGUAUGUCCAGGAGUGAUGCCCAUGAACACUCUUUCAGCUGCGAGUGGAGGGAAAUAUGAUGAAAAAGGGGUUUAAGCGUCUUCGUAUGUGGAAAAUGCGCUUUUUCAUUCUUUCUGGUAUGAACUUGUCGUAUUGGGAGGUGGGCAAUCACAACAAGAUGCGACACCGCGCAGAAAUCUCUCCAAAUUGUCGGAUUUCGCUCGAAACCAUAUCGAAUCACCCCUAUUCCUUUUCUGUUCUUCCGAGUCCCACCGAUCGUCUUUACAUUCUGGAUGGCCUCACGCAAGAGGACCGCGACAUGUGGAUUCAGUGCAUCCAGGUCUGUAAAUUCCUGGUACAGCGAAUCAACAGCCGUCCUACGCUUCGUGGUGUUGGCAGUGUUUACGACCAUUUUUCUUUCGGUCCCGUUCUGGGAAAGGGUCGGUAUGGGAUCGUUCGACUCGGUGAAUGCAAUGUACUCCUUGUUCCACGCUGCUCUCUAGGCAAACCUCAAGAAAUACGCGAUUAA